CAUAAAGUCACAAAGGUCACCUCGGUUCAAAUAAAGAUGGCUGCGCCCAAUGGACAACAAUAUCUGCCGUGCGAUGACUUUCUCAAGUUUCAGGAUUCAUUGAAAAAGCUGCGGCUCAUUGAUGACAGAAUAAUUCAUGCUCUGAACACCAAAAUUCCGACACAGUCUUUCAGACAUAAGGUGGAUGUAAACUCAGAAUGCAAGAGGCUCUAUGAUGAGAUGCAGGUUUCAUACGAUCAGAGAGAUAAAUCCAUUCGCCACUGUCUUGAAUUGGUCAGUAACGAUGUGAAGCAAUUGCGGCAGAAGAAAAUGGACUCUCCGGAUGACGUGAAUGUGCUGAGAGAAUUACGGAAAGAGCAGACAAAGCUCCGUUUGAUGCAACAGGAAAUGAGUAUAGAAGAAGUGGUCAAAGAUAGAACGUUAAAGGUUUUCUAUGAACGUUGCAGAGACAAUUACACCCCACCAGCAGCCCCCAUUGUCAUGUAGUGGCAGAUUGUAUUGUGUUUCAUCAGUAGAACUGCUGUUUGACUUUGAGUGCAGGUCUUUGCGUGGGUAUGAGGUGUGUCUAUGUUUGUUUGUGUGUGAGUGUGCACACUGCCCGACAGACCCUGUUGACAGAUUCUGUCUCAACAUUUGGUCUAAAGGAAAACUGAAAAAAAGAUUAAAGUAAUUCUGAAAAUCUGCACCAUUCACAGGAGUUUGAGCUUUGUGCUGCUGGUGGCUUCUUCUUAAUUUAUAUAAAUCACAAUUGCUGAUACCCUGUCAUGAGGCUUAUGAUCAAGCAGCAGUUUGGAAGUUUAUUUUAAACAAGUAAUUUUAUCUUUAGUGUUUUUUCCUCAUGAAAAUAGGAUUUUUGUUCUGAGUGUGGAUGUUGCCUCUGAUGUAAAUUGUGAAUGCCAGUAUUCGGAACUUUUUUUUUUCUAUCUAAUACUUAUUCAGUUUCCAAUGCUAUAAUCACAAUGACAUGAGACAGAGACUCGGGUAAUUGACUAUUCUUCAAGGCUCUGAUGGCUGUUGUAAUUUGUGUGAAAUAUGGGAUGGGUUUUUGUGUGUUUGAAUCUAUGUGUGUACAUGUUAGAUCUAGUGAUUUUCUUUGUGAGAGUAAAGUAAAUGUCAUCAGCCUCUGGACUGUUUUAUCACACUGCCUAAAUACUUUGCUAUUUCCUAAGAACUAGAACGUCUUGCUCAUGCAAUUAUUACUAAAGUAUGAAAUGUGCGGCUACUCUGUACAACCCCCGGAUUUUAUGAGACAAAAUGUAGUUAACAAAGGACAGGAACUAGACCUGUUUAAGUAAACUUGGAUGGAUGUUGAUUUGUAGAAAUUUAAAAAAAAAUAAA